UCCAAUUAGAACUAGUUGUGAUAUUUUGCGAGCGUAACCAUGAUGGCGACACUGUCGUCGACGUCUGUGGUGCUGGCAGGCGAUCCCGCACUCGUCAAGGCCGUGGAGGAGGAAGAUGGAGACUACGAGGAACUUAUCCCACCUGAGAACUUUGCCAUGAUCGAGAAGGGGCUCUACAGAAGUGGAUUCCCUAAAAAGAAGAACUUUGCCUUUUUGAAGAAGUCGCUCCAGCUCAAGUCCAUCUUAACGCUGGUGCUGGAGGACUAUCCGCUGGCUAACACGGAGUUCAACAAGAUGCACGGCAUCAAGCUACUGCAGUUUGGCGUUCCAGGAAACAAGGAGCCUUUUGUGGACAUUCCGGAGGACGGCAUUGUGGCAGCGCUGAAGGCUGUGCUGGACAAGCGCAACCAUCCCAUGCUCAUUCAUUGCAAUAAGGGCAAGCAUCGCACCGGUUGCUUGGUCGGUUCGCUGCGCAAGGUGCAGCGCUGGGCGUUCAGUUCUAUCUUUGAUGAAUACAUUCGCUUCUCGGCCCCAAAGCCUCGAAUGAUGGAUCAACAGUUUAUCGAGUUAUUUAAAACCGAACGGGUUACAGAGGAGGAGAGCCUGGCAGAGCACCUACCUAACUGGCCUGGUUUGUAGCACAUUGCGGACGACUACAUGCAGCUUGACCACGACAUCCAUGUACCAUUAGGUGUAUUAUGUAGUGAAUUACAGCGUGCUGCUUUGCUUUCGAAUGUGUGCUUAUGUACUGCAUGUAGUAUCAAUAUCCUUUAGACAGUAGUGCGACCUCAGCAUGACUUUGUAAAUCAGUAUCAGGAGGUUCCACUACUAACGUUUAAGCUGUCGUCGCGUAUGGGCUUUUACAAGAAGCUAGCGGACGCAUUGAAUGCAACACCAUUCGAGU